CGGAUGAUAAGGUAAGCUGACAGGUGACAAGGAUUGGUCACAGGGGUUGGUUGAGAGCGCUGCAAUGCACACCAGGCACGCCGCACACCAGAUUCUCCCGCUCACUCCCAGGUCGAUUACCACAUCAAAGAGAAAUGGAUUGGCACACUGGAUCCAGAUGGGUUAUGGAUGGGUCCCGCGUGCCCGCCCCAUGCCGCUGUCCGCCCGUCAUGCCGGGCUGACGCUUUAGACCCUUCCUCCGAGCGACCUCGCACCGUUACGCUGACGAGUAGAAGUUCUUCAAAUCAAAAAAAGUGCGAAUGCAACGAGCACUGCGUUCUUUGUAACACAUCACUUGUUCCUGUCUGCCAAACGGACACCCGAUCAUACAGUACUAUACACAUACAAUGACGACCGAUACCGCAGCUUCUGACCCCGCGGCCAGGGUCAAGUCCCACGCCUCGACGGUGUCUGAUGUUGGGUAUCCUCAUGGACACUUGGGUCACCUCAACGAGCACGAGGAGACGCAGCUCGCCGCCUUCAGAACGUUACUCGAGGAGAAGGGGCUGUACAAGCGAGGCCCGCCAGCUUCCCACGACGACCCUACUCUGCUCCGAUACCUUCGCGCACGAAGAUGGGUCCCCGAAGAUGCUCUCACGCAGUUCAAGGACACGGAAGCCUGGCGCGCCGCCAACGACAUUGACGUCCUCUACCAGACCAUCGAGCUCGACGCCUUUGAGCAGUCCCGUCGCCUGUACCCGCAAUGGCUUGGCCGCCGCGACCGUCGCGGCAUUCCCAUCUACCUCUUUGAGGUCCAGAAGCUUGACAGCAAGACGGUCGCUACUUAUGAGAAGCUGGGCAAGGAAUCGACCUUUAGCAAGGCCAAGUUCGAUGGCAAGACGCCCGCGGGCAUGAUGCGCCUAUUUGCGCUGUACGAGAACCUCACCCGCUUCACGCAGCCGCUGUCGACGCAGCUCAGGGACCGCGAGCACCGCGAUGCUCCCAUCACCCUGAGCACCAAUAUCGUUGAUAUCUCUGGGGUCAGUUUGAAGCAGUUUUGGAAUCUGAAGGGACACAUGCAGGCUGCUAGUCAGCUCGCAACGGCGCAUUACCCAGAGACCCUCGAUCGUAUCUUCAUCAUCGGUGCCCCUGCAUUCUUCUCCACAGUCUGGGCCUGGAUCAAGCGUUGGUUCGACCCGAUCACAGUCUCCAAGAUCUUUAUUCUCAGCCCCCACGAGGUUCGCCCGACACUCGAGCAGUUCAUCGAACCCCGCAACAUCCCGAAGCAGUACGGAGGCGAGCUCGAGUUCAAGUUUGGCGACCAGCCAACCGUCGACUCCGCAUGGGAGGGAAUCGUGGAGUGGGCACCCGGUCACGACCGCUUCACGUCGCGCCCUGCUAUCUGGCGCGAGACCGAAGAUGGUGCCCGUGUUGAGUGCAUUGGAAUUGGCAGCAUCAAGGGCGUCGAGCAGAACGAGGUGAUCUGCUCCGUACCCAAGACGUGGCCGCCCAAGGCCGAGGUCCCUGCUGCUGAGCCGACACCGAUUGCAACACCUGCGACUAAGGAAGGCAGCGUGACGGAAGAAGCUGCCGCCAAGACGGAGACCGAAGCGCCUGUCAAGGUUGACGAUGCGCCAGAGGCUGGCAUACAGAAGCUUUCCAUUGCAGACGAUAAGCAGGUCGCGGAGAAACAUGUCGAGGGCAGUACAUCGACGCCGCCGUCGGGACUGGCAUAGACUAGUGGUAAACGGACAUGAGACUUCGAGACUGGGGUUUGCAUAUUUGGCAUGGCAGGGUCGAUCUGCUUGGUGAUCUGGAUAUGAUUUGAUCUAAUACCCCGAUGGUGAUGGAGUAGGUCUGGCGGGGCAAGGCAACAUUGGCUGGAGUUACAUCUUUAUCGAUUCAUUUCGGACAUCUAUCUAAUAAUAAAGCAUUUGGUAUCACGACUUUGUACCGUCUCAUCUACCCAACGACCCUAGGAAAAACGCACAGAAGGUUGAUCUAGGUUUGGAUCAUCCCGUCUCCCCAUCCAAUCUAUCGGACCUAUCCUAUCCGUGUGCAAGUGCAACAGGAACAAAAGUUUAUCACCCAACCCAACAAACGCCUUUUUGUGCAAACCCAGCCCGCCAUCCAGUCGUACAAGGAACAUCUAUCCCGAGUAUCCCCUCCUCUUGCGCCACUCCGCCACACCCUUUUCGAUCUCGUUCCACGUCACACCAUCCCUCACGAGCUGCAUGGUGACGCCCAAGCUCUCCGUCUCCCGAUUUCGACUCUCAUCGUCAAAGAAAAGCAUAUCCGUAAAUGGGAUACCUGUUUUCUUGAAUAUGGUCUCGAAAUGUUUUAUCUUGCUGCUAGGGUAUAUCUCCAACGGUGCAUCAAAGUACUCGAGCGCCCUCUUUGUCUUCUCCUUCUUGCCGCUCCCUCCUUCCUCGGCACUCGGCGGCGGGACGUGCAGGAGCUUGAGCAUGUCCCGUGCUAGAUCGGGUGCCGACGUCCGUGACGCGACUGCGAUUUUGAUGCCUGCCAGUGGCAGAGUGUAGAGUAUUCGCGGCACGUCCUGAUAGAAGGCGAAGGACUCGCCGUGACGGUCUGUGACUGCCGAAUGUGUCGCAUUGGCUUUAAGCGGGCCGGAGACGUGUGUAUCGACCCAGAAGGGCCAGAGGGUGUAAUCGAGGUCGAAGACAAUGAGCUUCGGAAGGGGGAGCUCGUCGGUCAGAAUUCGAGGAAGGGAGAGGGAGGUGGAAUUCGUUGUCGAGGUCGAGGGUGUCCCGAGGUUUGUGGUGCUCCCUCCUUGGGGAUUCUUCGAGAGUUUCUUCGGCAUCAGGGCUGUGGGGAAGGGGCGGUUGGUGAGCUCUGUAGCAGUUAUGGAGCAUUCAGAAAGACGAAGAGCAGGAGGCGUAAGAAAUUGUUGCGGGUUCAAAGGAAGCGGCGGACAAGCUUCAAAGUGCAAUGAGGGGCAAAGUGCCUUCGAU